AUGGAGCCCCCUUCAAAGAAAAUGCGGAAGCUCAUGGACGAUGACAGCUCUGACUCUGGUGAUGAUGCUGGUGGUGUUCCCAUCAGCAAGUCACCAGAAGCCGGCUUCAAGAUCAACGAAGAUUACGCCAAACGUUUCGAGUACAAUAAGAAGCGGGAGGAGGUUGCAAAGCUGGAAUCCAAAUACGGCAAGGCUACCAAUCUAAGCAAGCGCGGCUACGACAUGGGGGAGGAGGAGGACGAGUCAUCCACCGACGAAGAUGAGGAUGAUAUCGGAGAGCUCGCAACAGUGGCGCUUGACGCCGAAAUCAUGGAUACUCUUAACGCUAUCCGAAACAAAGACCCCCGCGUUUACGACAACAACGUCACAUUUUACUCAAAGUUCGACGAAGAUGAGGCCAACGCAGCCCCCAAGGAGAAGAAAGAAAAGCCCAUGACAUUGCACGAUUAUCAUCGCAAGAACCUGUUGAGCGGGGCUCCCACUGGAGAAGAAGAUGUCCCCUUGACUUUCGCACAGGAACAAGCUGAGUUGAAGAAUGCACUUGUCAAGGAGCUGCAUGCUUCGGAUGAUGACAUGGAGGAUGCGGAUGAUUUCCUGGUCCGCAAGUCUGCUCCGGCGCCUGUUGAGAAGAAGGAGAUCAAGCUGGAUAUUGAGGGUGCGGACAAGGACCCAGAAACAUUCCUCUCCAACUUCCUCUCCGCUCGCGCAUGGGUUCCUGAAGGUGAAGGUCGAGAACUCCACCCCUUCGAUUCCGACGACGAUGAUGAUGUCGAGCGGGCCGAUGUCAUGGAGGAGGCGUACAACUUCCGUUUCGAGGAUCCCAACAAGCUUAACGAGGCGCUUGUAACCCACGCUCGUGAUGCGACCAACAAACAAUCCGCCCGAAGGGAAGACAAGAGCUCUCGCAAGAAGAUUAGGGAGGCUGAGCGCCAGCGCAAGGAAGAAGAAAUUAAGCAGCGCGAGACUGAUAAGAAUCGCUUGCGCAAGCUCAAAACCGAAGAAUUGCAGACAAAGAUCCAGCAAAUCAAAGAAGUGGCUGGGUUCAGAGCAUCAGAACUUACUGAUGAUGACUGGGUUCGCUUCCUCGACGGUGCCUGGGACGACAAGGAGUGGGAGAAAGAGAUGGAGCAGCGAUUCGGUACAGACUACUAUGCUGAGGGUGGUGCUUCCGAUGACAAGAAGCAUCCCAAGAAGCCUGAGUGGGACGAUGAUAUCGAUAUCACUGAUCUGAUUCCGGACUACAAGGAUGACGACGAAGCUCAACCCACAUUGGAGGAUGAUGAGGAUGAGGAAGAGGGCGAAGAUGAGGCUCCUGCCUCCAAGAAGAGCAAAACCCAGGAUAAGCGGGAUCAGAAGCGGGAAGCCCGCAAGGAACGCCUGCGCAUCACCGAGGCCGUUGACCGCAAUUUGGACCUGGACAUCACCCUGCUUCCUGGAGCGACCAAGAAGAAUGCGACCAAGUUCCGUUACCGUGAGACUUCUCCCCAGAGCUUUGGCUUAACAUCGCGGGAUAUUCUCAUGGCCGACGACACUCAGCUCAACCAGUUUGCUGGUCUGAAGAAGCUUGCCUCCUUCCGUGAUGAAGAGAAGAAGGCCAAGGAUCAGAGAAAGCUGGGUAAGAAAGCACGUCUCCGCCAGUGGCGAAAGGAUACUUUCGGAGAUGAAAAUGGCCCUGCGUUUGAUCUUGGCUCAAAGGUCCCGGAGACUGUCAAUGAAGAGGCAGGUGAUGAUAUGAAGGUUGAUAUCCGUGAGGGUGAUGGACGCAAAAAGCGUAAGCGGUCCAAGAAGAACUAA